CCUCGUUACCCUGCCGCGGAGGCGGCGUCGAGGCUCAGGGCAGUCACAGAUCAUCCCCAUGGGCCAGACAGUUGACCCAGACAUUCAGGAACCAGCAGGCUCAGUGAAGCUUCUCAUUCAGACUCCGCCAGAGAUUAUUCAAGAUAAAGCUGUAGCCAUUUUCAGCAAGGAUCAAUAAUUAAAAAAAAAUUAAAGAGAUUUCCAAAUUAAAGAUGAAUGGAAAAUACUGGAAUUGCUUGGAUUCUGACAGGAUAAAGAAUACAUUUUAUAGUUACUUAUAAUGGAAACUUUAUAAACUUCAUCACUUGUCAUGCACCCAUAGGGAACAUGGAUGUUGGAUUUUCUCGUUCUGCUGUUCAGACAUUGUCAAGAAGCCACUGCAAAAAUAUCAAACAAAAAAUUUCUCAGUGGGAAGGAAGGACUAAUGGUAUAUCAAAUCCAGAUAAGUGUCUUUCAAAGGACUUUGGAGUAGGGUAUAAAAACUGUCACCAGGAUAUUCUUUCUAAGAAAAAAUCUGUUACUGAAGAAAAGAGCAAAAACUUGGAUGUAACCAGCUCUCAAAAUGUGGGUCUAGAUCUGAGUGAAGAUAUCAAAAGCCACGAUCAAAGUGAGGAUGAAAGUGAGAAACAUGAAUAUAAUGAUACCUGCUUCCUUAAAAAUGAAUCAGAAGCCAAGUGGGUAUGUUCUCAGGUCAAACGCAUUGAAAGCUGGAAAGAAGUUGUUUUGGAUCCAGAGACGUCAUUACCUCCAGGAAACUUCUAUACCUCACAAAUACUGUGGAAGAAAAUAGAAGCACUUCCCCUAGAUAAAGUCUUAAAUUUGACUUUAGAACAUUGCACCUCUCCAGAAAAAGAACUGAAUUUCAGAGUUCUGGAUAAUUCAUAUGGAAUAACCAAGAGCUUAGAAAAUAUUUACUCUGAGCCUGAGGGGCAAGAACGUGGACCUUCUAUAAAUCCUUUGCCAAAACCUCGUAGGACAUUCAGGUAUUUAUCUGAAGCUGGGGUUAUGCCAUAUAAAGAAAGAAACUGUGACAGAAAAUGCUGUGAAAAUAAUUCUUGUGCAGAAGCUUCUUUGGCCUCUUUUCAGAAGCCUGAACCAAAGAAAUAUGGUGGAAAAAUCAGAGGAAGAUCUAAAAGGAAAUCAUUUGAAUUUGAGGAUAUUCAACACUAUCGAAAUCGGAACUCAAGGAUUCAUGAAGAACUUGGAAGAAAUUCUGGUUCAGCACUUUAUUACACACAGUCUGAGGACAAUAUCUAUGAAGAUAUCUUAUAUCCCAGCAAAGAAAAUCCAUAUGAAGAUAUUCCAUUGCAGCCUUUACCCAUGUGGAGAACUCCUUCAGCAUGGAAGCUACCACCCCCUAAAAGUGCAUUCAAAGCACCAAAGCUUCCUCCCAAACCUCAAUUCCUUCACCGGAAGACUAUGGAACUGAAGAAUUCACAGGUCUAUUUACGAUCAAAACUCAUGAAAGAUGCCACUUUGCCCGUUACUUUAACUGAAUGGAAGCUAUUCCGAGCUGGAGAGGUUGCAAACAGGAAAAGGAAAAACCUUCCAGGGCUUGUGUUGAAGAUAGAUGAUAUAUUUGAAUCUAAGAGAGGAAAGAAGAGGGUAAAGUUACACACUUACACUGGAAAAGAGGCACCUCCCUCAAAAGGUGAAACCAGUGGGAACGAAAGUGAUGCUGAGUAUCUGCCAAAGAAUCGCCACAAGCGCUUAGCACAACUGCAGCAGUCUUCCAAGAGGAAUCCUCACUACCAGACCUUAGAGCGGGAUCUUAUUGAAUUACAAGAACAUCAGUUGUUCGAACUUUUUGUGGUAGUGUCUCUACAGAAGAAGCCAUCAGAAAUAAGUUACAUUCCCCAGGUUAUACAACAAUUCCCUAGCAAGGGUGAUCAUGGCUUUAAGCAAUCCAAAGACACUGAAGAGAGGCUCAAAGUUAUCCCAAAAUUUUGUUUUCCUGAUUCAAAGGACUGGGUGCCAACCUCAGAACUCAAGAGUGAAACGUUCUCCUUUGUCUUAACUGGUGAAGAUGGGAGCCGGUGGUUUGGUUACUGUAAGAAGCUCUUGCCAGAAGGCAAAGGAAAGAGACUCCCUGAGGUAUACUGCAUGGUUAGUCGCCUAGGCUGCUUCAAUCUUUUUUCAAAGAUUCUGGAUGAAGUAGAGAAGAGAAGAGAAAUGUCUCCAGCCCUGGUUUACCCAUUUAUGCGAAGUGUUAUGGAAGCUCCUUUCCCAGCUCCUGGACGCACCAUCACAGUUAAGAGCUAUCUCCCUGGGGCUGGAGAUGGGUCAAUUGAACUCUGCCGACCACUGGAUUCUCGAUUGGAACAUGUCGACUUUGAAUGUCUCUUUAAGUGCCUGAGUGUGUGUCAUCUCAUCCAGGUCUGUGCCUCCCUCCUGUUGGAGCGUAGGGUAAUCUUUGUUGCCAAUAGCCUAAGCACCUUAUCAAAAUGUGGCCAUGCUGUGGUAGCCACGCUGUACCCAUUUACCUGGCAGCAUACCUAUAUUCCAGUUCUGCCAGCAUCUAUGAUUGACAUUGUGUGCUCACCUACUCCAUUCCUUAUUGGAAUCCUGUCUUGCUCCUUACCACAGCUCCAGGACUUACCCAUUGAAGAGGUGCUGAUAGUUGAUCUCUGUGCAGACAAGUUCUUACAGGAGGUGUCUGAUGAGAAUGAAAUUCUACCACCUAAACUCCAAGCUGCCCUGAUACAGAUUUUGGAAGAACGAAAUGAAAUUUUGGCUCAGGAGCAGAAUUUUUCACAAGCAGAUGUGACGCUCAACUCUCUGGUGUCUGAAGCAUUUGUCAGGUUUUUUGUGGAGCUGGUGGGACAUUAUUCUUUGAGCAUGACUGUCACUGAACGUGGGGCGCGUGUAUUCCAAAGGGAGCCAUUCCGUAAGUCCCACACUUCCCGAAGUGUGCGCCACUUCCUGGGUCUCUUCAUGGAGACUCAGAUGUUUGCAGGAUUCAUCCAGGACCGAGAGCUUCGGAAAAGUGGGGUGAAAGGUUUGUUUGAGGUCCGGGCUCUCCAGUAUUUGGAAACAAUUCCUGGGUCUGAGCCUAGUGGAGUGAAUAAAAUUUUGCGGAGUCUUGGAAGUAAAAUGAAAUUUCUGCAGAAGAAAUGAAAUCUUUGUCUCCAUCCUAAGUAGAACAGAAAGUGCGAAAGAAAAUAUUUCUCCAAGUCAGGAUGCCUUGAAGUAUUCUACAAAAUCCUUGAAAGUUUAAAGGUUUCAGAGCAGAUCAGCCUCUCAGAGGAAGAUUCUCCUGUUCUUGCUAUAGUAAUCACUGGAGAAUUACUGGAAGUAAUCUGGAACCAGUGCUUUCUUCGCUCUGCCUCCAAUUUUUUUUAAAGUGGCCUUUUCUGCUUGAUACUUGUACUUAUUUUCUGUGUUUUGUACUUUGUGAAGGCACUUGUCUUUUGCAAGGUAAAGACUUGUUGGUGUUGCAUUUUAAAAACAGCUCAAGGAUGAGCAGAAUGAGGGAAAUACCGAGUUUGGGGUACUAGGGAGGCAUGAUAGAAGUGGAAAUCUCUAGCCCUACACAUGUAAUUCUCAUCACUGAAAUACCAUGGCAGCUUUAACCCCAUGAGAUGUUUGAGCCUGGCUAAGCAAUAUAUAUAUAUCCUUAUGUAUCUCCAUUUUUUUUUUCAUCUAAUGUUCUGCCUAGGGGAAUCCCAAUUAUGUGGAAACCCUACUUGUUAACAUUGUUAUUGAGUAUACAGGUAGCCAUUAUGCAGCUCCUUCUCCAUGCUGUGUGGAACUUGGGUAGUCUGUCCCUCAUGUGUUAACAUGAAACUUUAUGGAAUUACAGCUAUUAAGAAAUGUCUUUUCAAGGGAGGGGAACUACCUUUUUUGUUGUUGGAUUUUUUUUUUUUUUUUGGUUCUACUAUGUGCCAUGUACUAUGCUACAUAUAUGUAUGUCAUCUUAUUCAAUCCUUAAAUCAACCGUAUGAGAGAUAUUUGUAUCUCCCUUUUACCAAUGAAGAAACUGGGAUUCAAAGAGGUUAAAUAACUUGCCCAACGUUAUACAACAGAUGGCAGUAUUGAAUCCCAGGACUAUUACUUCAUGAACACAGAGAAAGUUGGUUAAUCCUGCAGAUGGAAAUUUAAGCUCUGUGGAAUUAUAACUAUAAAACUUUUCUGUUAAGUUGAUGUGUCCCAGAGCCACCUCCCAGCUCUGAGGAUGAGGAACUUCAAACUGUGGUGCCUUAGAUGAGAUUUUUUGGCUCCCCUAGAAAUGUUGGACUUUUUGCUUUGAUUAAAUUGGACUCAGAAUAUGAACAUUUUAAUUAUAAGUGUUAUAACAAAUAUCAGUUUGUUUUCUUCAAUUCCUACUGAUGGUUUAAAUUAACAAAAAAUAUUAAUUUGAACUUAACAAAACAUUAUUAACUCUGUACUCUGGUACAAUUUAUUGACCUGUAUGGUAUUGUCUUUACAACCCAAUCAGGUAUGCAUGAAUGUCUCUGAAGUAGACACCAUUUAAAGACCAGUGAUGUGGGUGCAGGGAAUAGAACUGAGCCUAUGUCUUCUUAAAAUUUUUUAUUAAGCAGCUAUACCCCAUAGGACUCCUCCUAAAUAUCUCCCCAUUUGGUCUCUUCUAACACUCCAACCCUAAGGAACAAAUUGGGAAGUAAGUGUUUAUAAAAUGAGGUAGGGAAGAUUACUGUGGUGGAUCCUGGCCAUCCAGGGUCUGUGAGGAAACCUUCACUUCGGGGAUGGGGGCCUUACUUCAUCUCCGCAACUUGAAGCUGCUUCCUUUCCUUGAGUCUGUUGUAUUUUGUUUUUUGUAAAGUAUUAAGAAUUCUGUACAUGUUUGUAACAGAAUUGCCCAAGAUUUGUAUAAAAUGUUGUUUACAGAUCUUUUAAAGAAUGAACACAUAAAAAUACCAUAAAUCUC